AUGCCGCUACUUGUAGAAUAUAGAAACUUCUUCUUUAAAUCAAGAGAGGAGAAACUUGCGCUUUACAGUAAACAAGAGCCAACAACACUAAAACAAGAUAAAUUUGUAGCAGAGUACCUUGGAGCAAACAAUGUCUGCCUUAUUGCAAUUAUUCACAUAGUUAUUGAAAGAUAUAAAUGGGUAGAGAGUAAAGAUUUUAAGCAUGAGUAUAUUUCAGAUAAGGAGAAAACCCUGCUAGGAAAUAUGGUUACUGCAAAUAAUACUCAAGAAGAAUCUGUCAGAAAUAGCUUUAUUCCGAUAGACAUCAUUCCUAUUAAGCCAAUCAUCCUAUUAAGCAAUUAUGGAAAAAAUAUACCAACUGAUGGCAAGAGCUCUGCCCGUAAAAGAUAUCUCACUGAACAGGAAGAAACAAUCACUUCAACUAACAAUGAGCUUGAAAGCA